GAGCUACAGUGGAUGGAUGUAUACAGGCGUUGUUUUUGUUGAUGUUUACGCGUUCCGUAUUGGGCGUCACUUUGAUACGUCACCGUUUUUUAAUCGCGGUAUGAAAUUCGAUGUCAAAAGUGAACGCGCGCCUCGAUGAUGGUCAAUAUUUUUAUUUUUUGCUCUUUCAUGUUUAAGCUUCUCGGUUGCAAAACCUCAGUUCUCUGAUGUAAUAAACACAAACACACAGGACUCCGCUGUCCACAUGAGCAGGAAGGUAUUCAGAGGGAGGUGCGCACUUCACCCAGUCACAGGCUCGAGCGCACACUUCAUAUGAGAGAGAGAGAGAGAGAGAGAGAGAGAGAGAGAGAGAGAGAGAGAGAGAGAGAGAGAGAGAAUACUGGAACACGCCGACGUUUAAAGCUCAAUGCAGCGUUGUAGAACAGGAAUGCUUUUGGUCUGAACUCGAAAAAAAUCGAAUUAGUAAAUCCGGUUUAUUUUUGUUUGGUUUAUUUCUUUAUUUUUCUCGCACCUGCGGAUUCUUGCGCAGGAAUAUUCAAUCAAUCGGAUAUCGUGUUGUGUAUCGUUCUGUACAGUACACAUCGUGCUGAAGUUCAUCUCCGCGCAUAAAUAAACGAUGAAGUGACUUUUUACGCAUUGAAGCGCGAGCAGGAAACGAGGACGCAUCACGAUGUCCCAAGCCGAAGUGCACGCUGCAGGUCUCGCGUUCCCCAAACUGCCCUCCAGCUUCGACGCCGAUUCGUUCCUCUCCGCUCGUCUGUCGCUCAGGCGGCGGAGACACUCGGCGAGCUCGAGGCGGAACGCGUUCCGGUUUAACAAAAUGCCCACAGCGGAUGAGAGCACCGGCUCGUCCCGCGAGCGCGUCUCACCUCUCCUGAGCAAAACCCUCUCCUGGUCAGCGGACGAUAUUUCGUCGGCAGAGCAGAAAAAGAACAAGAAAAAUAGCAGCGCAGGAGCAACGCCGGAUUCUGGAGCUGCAGCGGAGACGCAUUGCGCGCGCUUGUCCCGCUCCAGCUCGAGCUCUCCACCGCGCGGUGCGCAGCGACAAUCCGGCAGCGCCGCCGCGACGGGCUCGAGCUCCACAGCGCCACACGGCAGCACCGACUCCGAGGAGGAAUGUACGCCAAAGAAAGCGCCCGAGAUCAACAAGUGGGAGCAGGAGAAAGAGGACGAGGUGGAAACCAAAGCGGUGGCCACUUCACCGGACGGAAGGUUCCUCAAGUUCAACGUGGAGAUCGGGAGAGGUUCCUUUAAGACCGUCUACAAAGGACUGGACACCGAGACCACUGUGGAGGUCGCGUGGUGCGAGCUACAGACCCGGCGACUGAGUAAAGCAGAGCGUCAGCGCUUUAGUGAAGAGGUGGAGAUGCUGAAGGGGCUACAGCACCCCAACAUUGUUCGCUUCUACGACUCAUGGAAGUCCACAGUUAAAGGCCACAAAUGUAUCAUCCUGGUAACUGAGCUGAUGACAUCAGGAACUCUGAAGACAUACCUGAAAAGAUUUAAAGAGAUGAAGCUGAAACUUCUUCAGCGCUGGAGCCACCAGAUACUGAAAGGUCUCCACUUCCUGCACACACGAACUCCACCCAUCAUCCACCGAGACCUCAAGUGUGACAACAUCUUCAUCACGGGUCCCACCGGAUCGGUCAAGAUCGGAGAUUUGGGUCUGGCCACACUCAAAAGUGCUUCCUUCGCCAAGAGCGUCAUUGGCACUCCCGAGUUCAUGGCUCCUGAGAUGUAUGAGGAGAAGUACGACGAGGCGGUGGACGUUUACGCCUUCGGGAUGUGUAUACUGGAGAUGACUACAUCGGAAUAUCCAUACUCAGAGUGCCAAAACGCAGCCCAGAUCUACCGCAAAGUCACCAGCGGCAUGAAGCCGGACAGCUUUUUCAAAGUGAAAGUGCCGGAGCUGAAGGAGAUCAUUGAGGGCUGCAUCCGAAUGAACAAGCAGGAGAGGUAUACCAUCCAGGACCUGUUAGAGCACCCCUUCUUCCAGGAGAACAACGGCGUCCACGUGGAGUUAGCUGAGGAGGACAACAUGGUGAAGUCUGGGCUAAAGCUCUGGCUUCGAAUGGACGACACCAAGAAGCUUCACGGCAAGUACAAAGACAACAAUGCCAUCGAGUUCCUGUUUGAGCUCUACAAGGACGUCCCUGAGGAGGUGGCUCAGGAGAUGGUGGUGCUUGGUUUUGUGUGUGAUGCCGACUACAAGCUGGUGGCUAAAGCCAUCCGCGACCGAGUCUCUGCCAUCAAGCGUCAGCGCGAGAAGCUCCGUCGGCUGGUUGACGAGGAGCAGAAGAGGCGUCAGGACGAGGUGAUCGAGGAGGAACCCGAGACCGUUCCUGAAGCAGAACCUCGCGUGUCGAACCUCCAGUCUCUCCAUCCGCAGAUGUCGGCAGAGAGCGGCGUGUUCAGCCCGGUCCAGAUGACCCCCACCGUGACCGUCUCCGCUCCUCUCCUGUCCACUGCUAACAGCUCCAUGGACUCGGGCAUUAACGCCAGCUUCACCACAGAGCCUGAGGAACAGGACACAGAGCACCAUGCACACUAUCACAUCCGCCAGGCUUGCUACUCCUCCGCCACGUCCGAUUGUGAGACGGACGGCUACCUCAGCUCCUCUGGCCUCCAAGAGCCGCUUGAAGCUUCGUGCUCCAUGCCAAGCUCUGCCCCUUCAGUUACAGAACCACCCACCGAACCGAUUAACGUUGUCAAACCAGUUGCUGAAGCUCCACCCACAGAAGCUUUGCCUGCAAAGGAUGAUCCAAUCCCAGCACUCCGCUUUCCAUCAAGCAUUGCCGUGUCCCACAAUUCUGAGCGAGUGCACUCCAGCGGUGCCAGCGGCUUCUCGUCUCCCGUCGACAGUUACGCCUCCGAUGUGACAUCAGGUUUGAGUGACGGGAACGAGGGCUUAUCAGAGAUGAGCAGCAAAAGUCCCAACAAACGCACAGGAAGUAAAUUGCUGAGGAAGAGAGCUCGCUCACGGCUGCGUAUCACAGGGUUGUCAGAUAAGGUGGACCGGGUGGUGGAGUGCCAGCUUCAAACUCACAACAGCAAGAUGGUGACGUUUAAAUUUGACCUGGACGGAGACAAUCCUGAGGACAUCGCCACCGUCAUGGCGCAUAACGAGUUCAUCCUGCCAUCAGAGAAGGAGGGAUUUAUUCACCGCAUGAGGGACAUCAUUCGCCGAGCUGAAGCCCUGAUGAGGAGGGAGCCUUUAGAGCCACUCAUUCCUGGAAACAUCCUCCAAGUGCCCUACCUGAGUGGAGCAGGAACUCUUACAGGCUCUCAGCCCAACCUGCACACCCAGGGGCUGGAACGCACACACUCAUCCUCCUCCCUGCCAGAUUACACUGCAGGUCAGGUCAUUCGAGGCCCCUCCCCCGGAGUGGGUGGAGACUAUUACCUCGAUCCUGAUGCAGCUGUACCUGUGCGUCCUCUCCGCUCACAGUCUUUCCACACCUCAGAUUACACGGCAAUAAAAGAGUAUCAGUUAACUCAAGGCCCCUCCCCCGGAGUGGGCGGAGACUAUUACCUCGAUCCUGCUGCAGCUGUACCUGUGCGUCCGCUCCGCUCACAAUCUUUCCACUCCUCAGAUUACACGGCCAUAAACGGUGGUCAGGUAACUCGAGACCCCUCCCCUGGAGUGGGCGGAGACUAUUAUCUCGAUCCCGAUGGGGGCGUACACUUGCGUCCAAUCCGCUCACAGUCUUUCCACUCCUCAGCAGAUUACACGGCCAUAAACGGUGGUCAGGUUACUCAAGGCCCCUCCCCUGGAGUGGGCGGAGACUAUUAUCUCGAUCCCGAUGGGGGCGUAUACUUGCGUCCAAUCCGCUCACAGUCUUUCCACUCGUCAGAUUAUACAGCUGUAAAUACAGGUCAGGUGACCCAUUGCUCCUCUCCUGGUUUGGGCAAAGACUUCUACCUGGACCCUGAUAUGGGACCUCCUGUCCGUCCACUUCGCUCUCAGUCCUUCCACACAUCAGGUUCGUCUCAGACCUACGUUCCUCCUACGUCCUAUUACCCAAAAUUCCCCAAACCUGAGUCCCUGCCCCAAUAUUCUAACCAGGUGCCCAGCAUGCCCCCUCAGUACCCCAACCCUCAGUACAUCCCCAAUCCAGCCUAUCAAUACCCCUUCAUGGUCAACCAGACUCCCCCAGCACCACAGAACCCCAGCAGCUCCAACCUCACCCCAUACCCCACACCUAACACCACCCAGCACUCAGCAGGUGAUGUGGUCUCUCAUGAGAUCAGCCAUAUGCCACCCUCUGGUGCCCACACCUUGCCUCCAAACACACAGACUUCAGGAAUCUGGCCUGCCCAUUCCCAGCAGCCGCUCUUCUCCCUGGCCAACAUGCUGUCUCUGGCCAUGACCAUGGCGCAGUCCUUUAUACCCCCAACAACCAUGCCAAACGGCCUGCCCCAGGCUUACAUGCCCCCACUGACACACCAGUCUGGUUACCCAGCCAUGUUCGCAGCCCAGCAUCUUGCACCAGGCCAGAGAGAAGCUCCACCUCACCAAGAUAUGUCCCAGCAUCAGGAGGCCCAGGCAGCAGCUCAGGCUCAGAGGGCGACCGCCACCACGCCAGAUGUUUCAGUACCACCAGGGGCAGGCAGCCAGCUUGGAGUGAGCCCUCAGGAGGGGCAGGAAAAGACCUCUUCCUCUUCCUCCUCAUUAUCUUCAUCAUCCUCUUCACCAUUCUGCAACUCCACUGGCUCCUUCAGCACAGCUACACCACAGAACACAGUGAGUCUCGUGGAUAUCACCAGGGAAACUUACAAACCGUGUUACACACGCACUGAAGAGUCAGAGCUGAACAUCUCCAGACACCAGCAGCAGCAGCAGCAGCAGCAGUUUCCUGCUCGCGUGAACGUGGAUGUCUGGCUCACACUGAGAUCACAAAUCCUUCAUGAUCUGCUGUUAGAACGAGAAUAUUUCAAGCUCGCGAGCUCACGAACGUCUACGGCUUUCAAAAUCUUCUAUUAG